ACACUUCAUUUCCGGUUCCGGUUCAUUUUUGUUAUGUUCUGAUGUUGUCGCGCAUAACUGUUUUGAGUCUAUUUUGAACCGAUAUGGAUCAAACACCGACCAGACCAAAGUGGAACGAAAGAUUUCCCUCCCCACCUUCAGGUUGGACUCGGACACCCUACAGAGGCGCUGGACACCGUGGUGCGUCUCCACAGGGCUACUAUGCACACACACCCAAUUCUCCGACGUAUUCCCCUGGUUUCAACCGUGGACAUUGGAGAGAUUCGCCAGGUAGUGGCGGAGCACGGGGCUUUGGAGGGUCUCCUAUGUUCGGCAGCGGUGGCCGUCAUUUCUCAGGGAAGCAACGAAGGGGAAACAAUUUCGGGAGGCCAACACAUUCCAACUCUUCGCAUGAUUUUCCCGGCCCGAUCGAGACGUACUUCAGUCCGUCCAUGUUGGAGGAUCCCUGGGCAGCACUGCAGCCAAAGCACACAGAGACGCCGACCAGUAACGAUCCAUAAAUAGGACCAAUACUUAGGUAUUGUUUUUUUAAUGUAGUUACAAUUUUCUGCAAGACUAGAUUCGUUGGAUGUUUGUGCACCUUUGUGAUGUAAUGGCACAUAAAGAACACGUUUUAUAAACUAUUUUUGAACACCCUUUUUUCCCCCCAAUGGAUGAAUAUUAUUAAAUAGAUAAAUCCAAACAA